GAGGAUUUCCUUCUACAGUUCACAAGAUCGACAGUACUUAAAAAUUCUCACAAAAGUUUCCAUACUUUUACAACACCAUCCCCAGCCAAAAUGUCUUUGGUCUUCUGUUGUGAUGCCGUUGAGCCUUAUCGCCCUCAAUAUCUCUCACACCAAGCCAAGUUCAACAAAUUCAUGUCAUGGGCCUCGUUUCCUAGAUUAUCCACCCCGGAGAAUGGCGACGGAGCUAGUCAUGAUCUUAUUCAACUCAGCCCGUCGUAUGCAGUCCAGCUUGUUCAACAGGUUAACUACGGUCCUCUUGAAUCCAAGAGAUACUUUAUCCCAACCGAUGGUACGGAGAGUGACUUCGUCGAGGUCAUUGAGAAUGACCUGAUCCAAGCCAACUUCCAAAAGGUAAACACGUACAAGAACUACAAGUGCCAAGACCAUAACAAGUUCUUCGAGGUCAACAUCUACCAGAAGGAUCCGAUUAACAAGCACCACUGGCGGGUCAACAUUGCCCGUCCAGCAGAUUCUAUUGAUCUUUGAGAAAUGCAG